AUGUGUUCUCUAAAUAGAUAUGGGAAUAUUUAUUCAGUAUCAAAACCUCUUCUUGGUUUAAUAUUAUUAAAUGAAAAUCAAUUUUUUACUGAAAUAAAACAACAAUUAUUAUAUGGUCAUACACAAGCUAAACAAGCUAUUUUAUCUGCAGCAUUAGAUAAAUUAAUGACAGGUAUUGAUCGUACAUUAACACAAGUAAAUAAAGAACAUUUUACACAAAAUAUAACACAAUUUCGAAAUGAUAUUCAAGAUUCAUUACGUGGUAUGCUGAUUAAUAAUAAUGAUUUAUCAUCAUCUGUAUCAUCUAUUCCACUUUCAUCUUCAUUUUUAUCUUCAGCAUCAACAAUAGCAUCAAAUGUUCCAGUUACAAUAGCCAUUUCAACAUUAAUACCAUCCUCUUCAACUUCGACACCUGUGGAAGAAUUAAUGACCCUGUGA